AUGGUUGGGUCGGAAGACUUUGUCGGCGAUUCGCAGAGUGACACUGAACAAGUCAUUCAAAUUGUAUUGUCUGAUAAUCAAGAUGGUGAUGAGGUACACAAUCAGCUUAAUUCAGUUGGAAGUUCAGAUAUUGAAUCUUCAUCCUUGGACGACGACUAUAGUCAUCUAAUUGAUCAAGAGAGUGGAGUUUAUUCAGUUCUGCAGGCUACUGAUCCUAUACUGCAAAGUAUAGUACAGAGUGAUGAUCUAGCUCCUGUUGUGUCUAACACGCCAAGUGCACCUCAGGUCGAAGAAGAUACAAUGCUUGCUACAACAAAUAUGAGCACAAGGGAGAUUGAUACUGAUUUCCUUCAUAACGUUAAACGUUUUGCGAAAUUGCAUGAACAUGUGAAUAGUUCUCCUUCUGGUCCUCCUAAUGGUGCUGUCGAUGUCAUUAAACAACGCGAGAAGGCGAUCCAGUCUAGCAUAAGGAACCCCGUGUCCAGGCAGCUGCUGGAUUUUCUGGUUAGGGAUCAAAUUGGUACCACUCAGGACUGGUAUUUCUUUACUGAGCCAUUUACAUAUCAAGAAUCUGCUCCUGUUGAACGGUUCCUUGGAAUACGAACCGCCCAGAACCUUAAACAGCUCUACGCUCGUUUUGGAGCUCCCAGUUUAGCUUUAGAGCCUCAAUUUUCUAUUACUAAUUGUAAACAGUUCCAUCAAUUGAACAAUAGGGUACCAGUGGAGAUAAUGUGCGAAGAGAUAUUGCGGCAUGUGCCUAAGAAAGGUUCAAUAAUGAUGGAAACAUCGCUUCGCUACUUCCUCUUAUUCCUGUUAGAUCGCAAGGUGUUUGAAUCUGAGGAUCUAUCCAUGAGCUGGGCUGAAAACUGCUGGAACAAACAUUUACUAGAAGAUAAGCUAGACGUUUAUCUAUCUUUGGUGCCUCAUAAUUACUACUUUUUACAUUAUCGCGCGACGCGCCUACUACCGAUAGGAGACGAGCUUCUUAAGAGGCUAUUGGUCGGCGAUACUAGUUCCACCGCUCUGGCACACCAUUUUGAACUGCUAAUGGAUGAUAAGGACUGGUUCCAAAUACUUUACUUCCUACUGUUCGUGAACAGCACUUCCGUAGCCAUGAACUCGAAAACGAGAACUGACCACAAGCACUUUCUACAAUACUGUAAAGACUGCAUUCUCGACGUGAAUACCCAUAAUGUCUCAUCGAUCGAACUUUCGCUUUUAAAAAGCUACAUAAACCUUUUUAUUGCCUCUCAUUCCAAUAGUCAUUAG